UCAUGGCUUACUGUUUGUUAUUGUAUUAGGUUAUGUUUUCUGUUUGUCUGCAAAUGAGUAGUACCAUUAAUUUACCACAAUAAAUUAACUUACUUCGUUUAUAAAUAGAUAAAAAGUAAAAUAACGAACGUUAUUGUUACGGGCAUUUAUUUUGAAAAUAUUGGUGUGUAUUGCAUGUUUUUAAAAGUUUUUUUAGGUUAAAUAUAAAUCGUUUCCAGCGACAUUCAAAUGUAUUGACGUCAGCUGCACCGGCCUCCCCCACCACUGCGGCCUGUAGUGCGGUGGUGGGGAGGACACACUCGCUGUAACCGUGGUCGCCGUGGUUAACCCGAGCUUCAGUUGGCGUUGGCGCCGCAAGCUCCUGAGACACGCCUGCCAGGCCAUGGACGCGCCCGCUCGCCAAGUCCCACCUGACGGGGGUACACGUGCAUGGCUCGUCAUGAUCGCGAGCUUCUUCUGCAACGGUGUCAUCUUCGGCGUCAUCAACUGCUACAGUGUCAUCUAUGUCGAGCUGCAGAACAAACUCAACGAGGAGGGUGUCGCCGAGUCCUCCUCCAAAGCCGCUCUUGUUGGAUCGCUAACAAUUGGAACUACAUUUUUUCUAUCCCCCAUAGCUGGGAUUUUGACUGAUAAAAUAGGAAUCAGAUUAACGACAUUCAUCGGGGGCUUAAUGGCGACAGGAGGCAUGUUUCUGUCUUCCUUCUGUACCAACAGUGUGUUGCUGCUGUAUAUGACAUACGGUGUGCUGUUUGGUGUUGGCGCCUCGCUAGCGUACACACCCUCGCUAGUAAUCCUAGGUCAUUACUUCCACCGUUACAUGGGUCUCGUUAACGGCUUUGUAACAGCGGGCAGCUCCGUCUUCACCAUGAUCAUGCCCUACCUCAUAGAUUUUUUGCUCAAACAAUUCGGGUUGAACGUCUGCUUAAGGGUGCUGGCCCUGUUCAUGUGUCUCAUUAUGGGCAGUGCUCUGCUGUUCAAGCCCAUACCUCUCUCUGGUGCUGGAGCCGAGAAGAAAGAGUUCAAGGCUCUCAUCAAUACAGACAUCUGGCAUCUGAAGAAAUAUGUGAUAUGGGCUCUGGCUAUACCUGUAGCUUUAUUUGGCUACUUUGUUCCGUAUGUCCACAUGGUGAAGUUUGUAGCUGACAAAUUUCCUGAGGGAGAUGGCAAGUCACUGGUGUUCUGUAUAGGAGUGGCGUCAGGGACAGGUCGACUGCUGUUCGGCCGCAUCGCAGACAAUCAGCGAGUCAACAGAGUUCUUCUACAACAGUUGUCAUUUCUGUUCAUUGGACUCCUGACCAUGUUAAUGACGGUCAGCCCCAGCUUUCAUCUGCUGCAGCUGAUUGCUCUGGCCAUGGGUCUCUUUGAUGGUUGCUUCAUCAGUUUACUCGGGCCUAUAGCCUUUGACCUGUGUGGCCAGGAAGGAGCGGGACAGGCUAUUGGCUUCCUCUUAGGCUUCUGUAGCAUCCCUCUUACGGUUGGCCCUCCUAUUGCAGGGUUAAUAUAUGACCACACCAAGUCGUACACAAUGCCCUUUCUACUAGCAGGUGUUCCCCCUAUAGUUUGUGCAGUUGUGUUAUGCUUGGUCCAUUACGUUCCUAACCAAAGACUCACCGACACUGGUAAGAGUGAUCGACAACCUCUGCUUGGCUCUUCCUGCACUCGCAUGCACACGGAGGUCACUUGACUGGCUUGGUUCACUGUUUUCUCUCUUUCUCUAAAACCGAAAUGGCGAAGCCAAUAACAAGACUGAAGAAGUUCCUGAAAGUUCGGAAUUCAAUGCAUUAUUACAUAUCAAUUCAAGUGACAAGGAAAUCAGCAGAUAGUCAAGUAUGACAUUUAUUUUGUAUACAGUAUUUUUAUCUGCUAAGUGAUGUUUAUUGUUAAGCAAACUGAAAUGGUUUAAUGUUAUAUUUGACAAAUAGGACACAGUAUUUUUGUUAUAAUGGUUUAGACUGUUGAAUUAUAAAAUUUUAAGUAAUUUUAUUGUUAAAAUUAUUGUUUCAUUGUUAUAGCAAUAUGUUGAUCAGAUGAAGGGUAUCAAAUACUCUUUAUUACUUUAACAAUGAAAGGUGUAACUCUCAAGUGUUUUGUAGACCAAUUGAAUUGUUUGUUUUAGAAACAGAUGUGCAUUUUAAAGUUUUAGUGUAAGUGGAUUUAUAUGACUUUAUUGUUAUCUAAUAAUUUUUUGUUAUAGACUUUUGUAUUUCCUAUCAAAAUGUAAGUUAUUAGGGGUCUUGUUUAUUAGCCCACACCAAACCAUGCAAAAUCGAAUGUAUAAAACCAUCUUUUUACUUUGUUUUCAAAAAUGAGGAUAAGAAACGUUCCUAAUGACGACAAGAAUAACAUCCCUCGAGAUAGUUCCUAUCUUUUACUAGCAAAAUAAAAUUCUAAACAAUUCUUUUGUGUGGGCUUACAAAAAACCUAUAAUUAUUAAUCCAGUGUUUUAUAUAUCACCAAAAACACCAGGAACUCACAAACAUCAAACUCGAACUAGAUCACUAACACUCUGCUUUAGCAGCUGACACCUUAACAACAUAGAAAUCCUGAUAGCGUUCCUUGUUACAUAAAAUGUUCUCUUAGUUAUCAAGUUCAUCAGCUUAGCUCUUCUUUAUAGUUAAAAUUAAGUAGCAAUUAAAAUGUCAUCAUUUUGUUGUCUCUGAAACAAACAGUUCAUUUUCAAAACAUUAUUGAUCUCAAUAUAUGUUCCAUUUUUAUCAUGUUAACUUUUUCUUUUGCAAAAGUCUGAAGUAUAAGAUAAUGUAAAUCCCAAUAAUAAAAUUCAGUGUUUCUAUGCUAUAUAAUUUGUAAAUAUUAAUUUUUUAUUCCACUUUUUUUUUGUUCAUCUUCAAAGACAUAUUUAGCUUAUGAUUAUAAGAUUUUCGUAACACAUUGACUGUCUUACGCACGAACUUCCAGUAAAUUAUUUUAUGCUACAAUAGCAUGGAAUCAACCUGAUAUAUCAAUAGCGGAUGAUGUGGAUGUAAUUUUAAGUUUUAUACUCUCAUGGAUAGGUAAGGUUCCGUUUUGUUAGCCGACUUUAAUGCUGAUUAACAUUUGAUUACUCUCUCACGUAGUUGUGAACAGAUCCUUCAGAAUUUUAUUUUGUACUGUAAGCUCAUAAAGCCUGAAGUCUAAAUGACAAUGGUUUAUGAACCUCAUCAAAAUCAUUGUCUUGAAACUUGUGGUUAACAAGUUUGUGCAAUAUGCUAAAUUAUCUUGGACAGCACGGAAAAAAACAAACACAAAAUGUAAAAUUACUUGUAAGUGGUAGUGCUCAUUAGUUGACAAAAAAUGUUAAUGCCCUUAAAUUUGCAAUGAUUUUAUGAAUUAACAAUCCUUUAAAGUUACAAAUGAACAAUUACUAAGGUACAAUAGUGAAAAUUUUUAAUUACACAUUAUCUAUCCAUGAUAAAAUAACUAAUACGUAAUCACUAUUAUGAUGAUUAGUUCUCACAGUGAAUAAUCAUUUUGCCAAUUGUUGUUACUUAUCACCAUAAAUUUGAAAUGACCAAUCGUUAUAACAUGUUUAAAAGAGAUGAAUAAAAAAAAAAAAGAAAAAAAAAGAAAAGUAUGAAAUAAGUUUAUAUUAGCCGAUAUGUAGCCCUUAACAAGUGUCAUGUAAUUAAACAUUGUGGUUUUAUAUUUAUUUGGGUAUAUAACUAUAUUAUAUGGUCAAAGUUUUGAUUCAAAUUAGGAAGACCCAUUUAGUUUCUUUUUUUACAAUGGCAUCAAGCCAAAUGGUAAUUCACUGUGAACUUCACUCAGUAGUUUUUUACUCAAUUUCACUUCCACAUCACAAAAUGUAUUAAUAAUUUUAUCUUACACAGAUUAGAAGAAAAACAAUUAACAUUUUCUUCCCACUAUUUUGGAAUUCCACUUCACAAAAGCAAACAAAAUAUGUAGUAAUUUACAAGCACCCAACAUAUAAUACAAACAUAAUUUUAGAAUCGGGUGAUAGUGAUAGGUCAGUAAAUAAAUGAAUUGAUUAGGCCUAUCGUAAGACUAGUUAGUUGUAUAUUUUUUUUUUAAUUUUAUUAUUUGAUCUUUAAAAAUUAAUCUACACCGUGUUAGGAAAAAGAGAUGGACAUAUCUCUAAGAUAGCAUAUCAUAAGCUUUUGUAGUUAAAAUGUUGGUAAUUUUAAAUAAUCAAACCCAUUCAUUGGUAAUGUGCAUUUAAUAAAAUCCACUUUUAUCAAUAUAAGUUUCUUAUUAUAUCUUCAAACAACAAUGAAUUUUGUAUACUUGUAAUUUUAUAUGUUUACUGCCACUUUAGAAGGAGAUUUAUUGAAUAGUAAUUUAUGUAUUGUUAAAAAAUUUGUUUUUUUAUCUGAACGUUAUACUUUUGGUUAAUUUUUAUUUAUAUAUAUUUGAAUAUUACAAAUUUUCAAACAGUCACUA